CCUGCAGGUCUGAGUGGAGCCAUGGACGCGGGUCUCCGUUCCGCAGGAUGGGGUUUGUUAAAGUUGUCAAGAAUAAGGCCUACUUUAAGAGAUACCAAGUGAAAUUUAGAAGACGACGAGAGGGUAAAACUGAUUACUAUGCUCGGAAACGCUUGGUGAUACAGGAUAAAAAUAAAUACAACACACCCAAAUACAGGAUGAUAGUUCGUGUAACAAACAGAGAUAUCAUCUGUCAGAUUGCUUAUGCCCGUAUAGAAGGGGAUGUGAUAGUCUGCGCAGCUUAUGCACACGAACUACCAAAAUAUGGUGUAAAAGUUGGCCUGACAAAUUAUGCUGCAGCAUAUUGUACUGGCCUGCUGCUGGCCCGCAGGCUCCUCAAUUCGUUUGGCAUGGACAAGACCUAUGAAGGCCAAGUGGAGGUGACCGGAGAUGAAUACAAUGUAGAAAGCGUUGAUGGCAAGGCCGGUGCUUUCACCUGCUAUUUGGAUGCAGGCCUUGCCAGAACUACCACUGGCAAUAAAGUUUUUGGAGCCCUGAAGGGAGCUGUGGAUGGCGGCUUGUCUAUCCCUCACAGUACCAAGCGAUUCCCUGGUUAUGAUUCUGAAAGCAAGGAGUUUAAUGCAGAAGUACAUCGGAAGCACAUC